CACAUCGAUUGAAAAAUCACAGCUCCUGCGUGAGCUCUGGAUGAACGCCCAGCAUGGCGUCCAGGACCCCCAUGCGCCUGCGUGGAAAGCGCAAUGCCACCGCAGCCGAGAAGUGGCAUCAUGGCAAGCAACGGCAUCAAUCCAGCACACCGGCACCACUUGAGCGGGGCGCGAGCAGCUCGUUAGACCCUGCCGAUAUCGUGUCAGAGCAUCGCCGCAAACGCAGGCGCCUGGACCCUGAGCUCUCUCGACUGGAGCAGCUACCGACCGAGAUCCUCCAAGCCAUCUUUGUCGAAUCCGCCAACGUGGAUCUACCAUUAGCCUCGCCUCGCCUUGCAUCACAGCUGCAAAGCGCGCACUUGCAUCGGGAGCUCACGUCUCGGGUAAUGGAGCGUGUUACCGGAUCCGAAAAUAAAUCCCCGUACAGCUCGGUGACGGAGUUGAAAAGUGCAUCGAGAUUGAUGAACAGCAAAUUCUUUACAUGGCAGUUCUUUCAGGAUUGGAUACGUGAUGAAGUGGAAGCGCGCAAAUUGCUGGUGCACUGGCUCUUCGCGGAUAUCGUGUUACCAUCGAAGAUCCAAAGGCAUCGAGAGCGCAAGCUCGAGUGGUUACACUUGCGCCCAAGCCCACGCCUGCUUCCACCUGUCAAACUGCUUCGUGCUCCGUUCACCCAAGACAAAGCCGACAUGCUAGAGUGCCUCGUGUUGGACUACAGGAAACUUGGGCCUACUCCUCCUGCAUACGCCGAGCUGGUUCAGGACGGAUUCAAGCAGGCAAUCCUGAACAAUGCCGUCGGCACACUCUCUAGUUUCGGAAGACUUGGCGCAAAAGUCGAUACGGAGCUUCUCCGUGUGGCCGUGUGCGAAGCGCGCUGCAACAGGGCUGUAGUGUACGAGCUCAAAUUGCAGGGACGAAAAGGGAGAGAGGCGGGCCAUGACAUUGACUGGCUCGACCCCGAGCUUUGGGGUUGGGCAGAGAAGGCUUGCAAGAAUGGCGAUAAGCCGGGACUGUGGUUGAAGGAUCUACUGAGACUCGAGGCUCAUCUUGUUAUGAACCCGCCAUUGUUAAGAGAUGACGAACGAAUCCCCCUGCCGCAGCCGGUACUCCACGACAUGAUGGACUAGCUCGAUUCCGAGCUUUGAGGUUGGGCAGACGAGCGCGGUUGGAAGGACGAACGAGGCUCAAAUCGCUGCCAUUCAGCCAUCGUUGAGACGUGACGUCCUGCGCACUUAGCCCUUCAGCCUCCAGCAUACUGAUCGAUAGGCCGAGCGAAAUCCAUAAGCUGCAGUCUCGCCUUACGCAAGACAUUCGUCUAGACCCACCGCCCUGUCAUCUUCCUGUCGCCCCUGAGCCAGCCGCCAAGGCUUGCGCGGUCCGAAGGUGGGAAACCUUAUUUCGAUCUCAGCCCGCGGGACGUCGAGCGUAAUUUCACAACGGCUCCAUCGUCUCUUCCCAACUUGGCCUCCCCGACAACUCGCAAUUUGUUUUACUAGGCGCUAAACACGAGACAAAGUGGGCGCCGCGCAAUCUCCUGUGUACCGUAGAUCGAAAGUAGAUCAUGGAUGAUGCAAUUAAGGGCGCGCAGGCGGCCCUACAGUCCUCUCCCUUCGAGACUCGA